AGUCAAAUAGCAACAACAGAGCAGCCGUGCUUGGUUUCAUAAAAUAUGGAUUUAAAGUUUGAUCGCGACUAGAGACGAAAUGCUACAAAUACAACGCUAYGAAGAGCGAGGCGAUGCUCCAGCUCAAGCCAUUUUACAAGCAAAUUCACAAGCAAGAGCGAUCCGAAAGGCAAUCGAAACUCAAGAAGAACUCGAACGAAUCAAGGAACGAGUUGUUCGAACGUUGGAUACGUAUGAYUUAAGUGAGAAACUUUCUGGUGGACAUGACAAGGCCGAAGUCGAUCGAAUCGCUGAAGAAUACAUAAGAGAGCAAGCGAACCUGGAAUUUAUUGAUGACAUGGCUCAACUCAUGAUAAUACUAUCAGAUCCAGUGGCAAAAAGAAAGUAUCAACAACAAGUGACUGUCUUUAUUGUUGGUUUUGAGAAUCUCUGUGGCCGCAGAGCAAAGUUUUUUAAUCAAAACACUGCAGAGGAGAGUAAGUUUGAACUUGAGCCACCAGAAGUAGACUGGGAUGAUAUGAAUGUACAAGUCAGGGAAGCAUUGGGGAAAGCAGAAAAAGCCACAGAAAGACUGGCAACCGUAUCAAAAGACGUCAUGAAAGCACUAGAGCUAGCGAACCCGAAAGAAACCAAGAAAGGGAAGAAGAAGCUGGAAAAAGCGCUCCAUCAAGCUAAUCAGGACAUUAUGUCACUGACAGAGAAGAUGCUCAAAGUGCAAAGUGAACUGGAUCAAAAUGAAAACAAAUUGUCUCAAGUUUAUCGAAGUAUGGAGAUGAAGACAGUUGAGAUUGAAAGAUUAAAAGUACAAGCUGACAAUGCCAAGAAAUACUCUGACGAAGUGAAUGAGUUAAAGACCGAGUUAUCAAACAAAGACAAAGAGGUUCAGGGCCUCACAAAGACUGCUAAUGAGCUGGAACUUACUGUUGCACAACUAGAAGACAAAAUGGAGCGAGAUUAUGAGCGAAACAGACAUUUAAAGGAGGAGAGUCAGAGGAUAAAAUCCGAAUACGAAGAGAAACUGAGAGAUCAACAAAAAUACGUAGAUGUUGUCCAAACAGAAAUGAAGCAACACUAUGAUGCAGAGGUUAAAAAGUUACGAAGCGAGCAGGAAUUGACGUUAUACUACUUAAAACAAGACCACGAGACAGCAAUGAAGAGAAAAGAACGAGCCAUUGAAACUGCUAAGAAAAAGAACGAGGAACUCAAAUCAAAGGCCGAUUUGUCAGCAUCAGAGUCGAGCCCAAGACUCUCUCACUUCACGGACAGUCCCAUUGGCAAACUAGGAUCGCCAUUCUCACCAGACAGUAGCGAGAGCGAAGCGGGCACACAAGGACGAGUGUCACUCAAAUCGUCAGCUCAAAGYAUUCGAAUGAUGYUGCGAAAGAGUGGUACCGAGACAAGUGUUGGUUCUCCCCAGGAUUCUGGUGUMCAAUCCCCAGUUGUCGAGUCACCAACUAAGAUGUUGUUACGCAAGGAGUCUAUAGAACGAAGCAAAGGAGAUUUAAAUGAACAGAACAGCAAAACGCCAGAUACACCAAAGACUAGUGAUAGCAGCAAAAAUAGAAAAUCGAAAUCACCUGAUACCAAGCCAGGACGAAGGUCAAAGUCUCCACAGAAAACAGUACARAUCAAUACAUUAGAGGAAGAAACAAAUGAAGGAAAAUCCAUKGAAAAUACGAACAUUGGAAAACAUGUAACUCAAGCUGAAUCUGCAACUGGAAAAGUAGAGAUGAUCGAUGCAUCAGUACAAAGUGACAGUGAAGAUCAAGACGUGACMAGACCAAAACCAAUUCUACGUCGAACCUCAACUUUGCAAGUCGUCCAYGAACACGAUGCUGAUUUGGAAGAGGAUGCUGAGGUGGACUGGGCGAAUCUUUCUCCAGAGGAGUUACUAGCACGGGCAGAAUUGUUCAAAGCUAAGAGUUUGAAGAAAAUUGAAUCACUUAACAAAGAGUUAUCAGAAUGGAAGACAAAGUAUUUAAGGAAGACUGAUUCUUUGAGGCGAGAGGUUGCAGAAGCAAACGGGAAACACUUUGAGGAAAGAGAGAAUCUCAUAAAUCAGCUGAAGGAAGCACAGGCUUUGAAGGAACAAGCAGAACGAGAGGCAGAACAAGCCGUUCUUCAGUUGGAAGAGAUUUUAGCUGAACAAGAAGAAAUGCGUCUUGUUCAAGAAAAGUCUUUACAAGACCGUCAAGAUGAACAYACUAUGACUGGAGUAUCUUUACGAAGCGUACGAAGCGUAGAAAACCGAGAUACCAUGACUGGAAAGUCCUUAGAUAGUAAACAGUCCCUCCAGUCAGACAGCUAUCACUCGUUCGUUAGUCGUGGCGUCAGCCCAUUUCCUAUUAUGGAGUCAAGCACACAAGAAGAUACGGUUGGAGAGGAGCAUGGUGCCGACUACAAGCCAAGCCCACGUGAUAGUGGUUUCGAGGGGGCUGGAUCGAGUGUGAGAUUCGAUUCCAGGCCUGAAUCAGGAUCAGAUAACACGUCCAGUGUUUUGUCACAUCGAGUCACCAAGAUUUCAGAGCCACCACAGGUAACCCGAUCUAAUACCCUGGCAGCCCCUCGRAGAGAGGUCGURAUGAGUGCUCGGGCUCGUCGACGAUUGAUUAGUUCAGCUCUUCGGGAUCAUCCGGUUGCUUCGGAGACUCUUCGUACUUACGAGAGCGUUGURAGAUUCAAGGAAGAUAUYACAAAGUGGUUAGAACUUCAAGGAUUGUUUGUCGAGAUGGGGGAACUGACGAAAUUAGAAAUGGCUGCUGUCAGCAAGGCUAAUUUAGCGGAGAUGAUUGAACGAAUACCAGAAAUACGAUACUGUAUAUCUCAGGUGUUGGAUAAAGUCAGUAAUAUAAUUUCAACUCAGUCUUUAGUACGCGAAUCAACAACGACAACAGAACCGAUUAUCAAAACCAGCGCUGAGAGUACUCGCUACGAAACAACGGACGUGCUCCCACCUGACGAUGCCGACGCAAGCGAAGAAACCUCCAGCCAUAAAAAACAACUCGACUUGAAUUAUGGKAAAUUGUUGAAAGAGUACAAUGACCUCGCCGAGGGCUACGAAACUUUGAAGAAACAUCUGGAAGAAGAAACAAAAUUCCACCAAGAACAAACCAGCCAGAAUGCUGCAAUUAUGGUGGACAUGCAGGAGACAAUAAACAGACUUCAGUCACAACUAGACGAUGUGUUGGCAGGACGCUCGUAUUCUAGGCGUGCAAGUUCUUCAAUAAUGUUUACCCGAAUGGAUGCCGAAAGAAAUGGAAAAAUCCUAAAACGAGCCAUCAACGAAAAACGAUUGACUGACGACAAUGUUACGAAGGUGUUCGAACAAAUGUCGGAUUAUGUCAGUUUGCCUGCCAAACGACUGUCAAUCAUAGUUCAGAGAUACAGACAUCAUCACGCCAUGCAGCAAAUAGAGGAACAACUUAGAAAAAAUGGAGGAAAUUUGGACAACAAGGUUCUUCAGACGUUGCAAAAUAUGGAGCGUCUUCAGAACGAGCGGGCGAAGCGAUGGGGUGACAGGAUGGACGACAUAGCCGACACAAGACAGCGACUUGCUCARUUAAUGACCGAAACAUUUGAAAAAUUAGAAAAUGAUACUGGAAUAUUCCUGAUUAAACCGGUUUUAUCUUAUCAAAGCAGAGCCAACCCAACGGGUGGAUACAUCGUCAGCAACAAGAAACAGUCGCCUGGGCCACCAUCAGCUGUAGGAAAUGGAGCACCGUCGGCACCAGCUCCCACGCCAUGGCUAUCAACUGGUAAAACAAGCGCACAAAGUCUUCAUACGCGAGGCAUCAAGACUUCACCGUCCAUUCCUGUCAUGACCAAACAUGAAGUAGACAUCAACAUGGAAAUUAAUACCACACAUCAAGGACAAGAAGUGUACAGUACGCAAACCUGGGAGGUUUCUAAAUCUCAGAGUAUUGGGAGUCCAUCGGUAAACGCGGCCAUAAAUACACCACGCAUGCUUGAACUUGAUGUGAACCGCAUGAUGAUUGGUCAGACACAAGCGAGCACUGGUUUUGUGGCGUCAAGUGAUAAUGGUGAAGUACCCAGUUCAUUAGUCAGAAGUUAUGUGACUGUAGAACGACCAUCUGGCGGGAAAAAAGUCAAGAAAACUAGACAACCCAGUAUAUCAGAUUAUUCGUAYGAAGCCAUGGUACCACAUCUACGUAACAGUCCAGCAACAUUACGUUACUCGCCACUACCUCCAAUACGCAUGCCCGAAGUACGGCAGGAUUCACAUGCCAGUAAAUCAUUACGUAGCUAUCCCGAAAGCGAGGCUCUGACGCAGUCAUUCCCAGGAAGCCCUGCUGACUUAGAGAGAUUUGGUCAAAUUAGCCCCUCGCGUUUAGCAAUGGAAGAUGGACGAACACUUUCACCUGAUGUCGUUCCAGCUCACUGACAAAUAAAUCGAUGAAAUCGAGAGAAUCGACAUAUCAAUCAUCAUCAUCAAUGAUAUCAUCGUUGUGGCAUAUCAUUAUAACGAUUUGUAUAUACGAUCAUGUCUAUAGUCGACGUGUUUUAAACUGGUUUUUGUUUUGUAUAAAUACUGACAUCGUCAUGCUCAAAUAAAUUGUUCCAAAAUCAUGACAAA